GGCAGCAGCAGCAGCACCAUCAUCAGCAGCAUCCUCAGCAGCAGCAGCAGCAGCAUCCUCAGCUCAGCCUCAGCCCGAAGCAUCCACCCGUUUUUUUUUUCCUUCCCCAGUUUAGCGCGACUCUUUAGCUGGAUAGUGGUGUAGUCCUGUCCAGCGGCGUUGCAGAGUGUCCAAGGUGAUGCCACUGCAGCACCCGCAGCUCGCCACCGCGCCAGCACUCCGAGCCUAAGCCGAUUCCUCUUGUCUGCCAGGAGGGACAAUAACCGUUCGCCCAGAGACAUCAACCUCACAGGAAGAUGUCUAACGCCGACAUGGUCCUCAACGCCUCCGACCGGGUAGUGAAAUCCGUGCCCUUCCCUCUAAGCCACCGCCUUACCAUGAAGGAGGUGUUCGACUGUGAGGGCAAGCCCCGUGUGGACCUUCUCAAAGCCCACCUAACCAAAGAGGGUCGAGUCGAGGAAGCCGUGGCCCUGCGCAUCAUCAACGAGGGCGCCGCCAUCUUACGCCAAGAGAAGACCAUGCUAGACAUCGAGGCACCAGUGACAGUGUGUGGGGACAUCCAUGGGCAGUUCUUUGACCUGAUGAAGCUAUUCGAAGUAGGGGGCUCGCCCGCUACAACGCGAUACCUCUUCCUAGGAGACUACGUGGACCGGGGAUAUUUCAGCAUCGAGUGUGUUUUAUAUCUUUGGUCAUUGAAAAUCCUCUACCCAAAGACGCUAUUUUUACUGAGAGGAAAUCAUGAAUGUAGACAUUUGACAGAAUAUUUCACCUUCAAACAAGAAUGUAAAAUCAAGUAUUCAGAGCAGGUGUAUGACUCCUGUAUGGAUGCGUUCGACUGCCUUCCGUUGGCCGCUCUCAUGAACCAGCAGUUCCUGUGUGUUCACGGUGGCCUGUCCCCAGAAAUACACAAUUUAGAUGACAUUAAGAAGUUGGAUCGGUUUAAGGAGCCCCCAGCAUUCGGGCCCAUGUGUGAUCUCCUGUGGUCAGACCCCCUGGAGGAUUUUGGCAAUGAGAAGAGCCAGGAGUACUUCAGCCAUAAUACAGUCAGAGGCUGCUCCUACUUCUACAGUUAUCCAGCAGUGUGUGAGUUCCUACAGAAUAAUAAUUUGCUAUCAGUCAUCCGAGCACAUGAAGCACAAGAUGCAGGAUACCGGAUGUACAGGAAGAGUCAGACCACCGGCUUCCCGUCCCUCAUCACCAUCUUUUCCGCACCAAACUACCUUGAUGUUUACAACAACAAAGCGGCUGUCCUGAAAUACGAGAACAACGUGAUGAACAUUCGACAGUUUAACUGCUCCCCCCACCCCUACUGGCUGCCGAACUUCAUGGACGUCUUCACCUGGUCUCUGCCCUUCGUCGGAGAGAAAGUCACAGAGAUGCUGGUGAAUGUGUUGAGCAUCUGCUCUGAUGAUGAGCUAAUGAACGAUGGAGACGAGAUCUUUGAUGCCAACGCUGCAGCUGCACGAAAAGAGGUGAUUAGGAACAAGAUCCGUGCCAUCGGCAAGAUGGCCAAGAUGUUCUCGGUGCUCAGAGAGGAAAGCGAGAAUGUACUGACGCUGAAGGGGUUGACCCCAACUGGCAUGCUGCCCAGUGGUGUGCUGUCCGGGGGCAAACAAACUCUGCAGAGCGCCACCAUUGAAGCCAUCGAAGCCAUCGAGACAGAAGAAAGUGACGGCGAAGCCAUCCGCGGCUUUUCUCCACAGCACAAGAUCAGCAGCUUUGAGGAGGCUAAAGGUCUAGACCGCAUCAACGAGCGCAUGCCUCCCCGUAAAGACGGCGUUAACCACGUCGGUCACUCCAUGGGCAAAAUGAACAUGUCCGAAGCCAAUGGUACUGAUGACAACAGCAACAUCCAGUGAUGCAGUGACCGCAUGCCCAAACCCUUGCCACUGUUGGCAGGAUAGCGCCAACACCUGAAAAAUUUUAAAGCCUCCUGAUACCAACCAAACCCAAACGACAUAACUAUAUGUAUGCAUCCACUACUGCUAUGUCAAAAUUAGGGAAGCAAACUAUUCACUUUCAAAUAUGUCAUGAAUGUGGGUGGAAGGCGUUGCUCUUUUUCGCUGCCAGUUUACCGUAAGCGGGUUUCUCGCCAUUUCGGAAGAGUUUUGCCGCUUUCUGGGUGUGACGAACAGGGUAGGGGUGGGGUUUUGCCUGGGAGAGGGUGGGAGGGGUGUAAUGUCGGUCAAGGGCUGAAAGUGUCUUUAUCAAUUGCUAUCUGACUCUACCCAUUCACCAAGUGGGCGGGGACUAGGGUUUAAGAACUCUUUAGCCUGAUCCAUCGCAGCUCAUUGGUGGGGGUGGCAGCCAGUACCAAUGCCACACACAAACACACACACAUAUACACAUUUAUAUUUUAAUUGAUAAGUUUUCUUCAUGAGCCCAUCUCGUAAUGAAACGAUCGCACUGUUUGACAUGUUUUGCUACUAGUAUUAACGAAAUCUGAAAUUUGAAAUGAUGCAAAAAUGAAAUGUUUCUACGAAGGGACAUUUAAAGAGAAAAAUAUGUACAUUUUAUUACUUGCAAUGCAAUCUUACCUGAGUAUUUAUGUAUUUAUUUAUUUAUUUUAUUUAUUUUAUUUAUUUUGGUAAGAUGCCAUAACGCUGCGUGGAUGUAAGGUGUAGGGAGCUUGCAUAUGUUGGAUGUGGACUACACUAGCAGCUGUUGUGUGGGGUGCCCACUCGAUGAUAGGGAAGGGGACAUGGGGGGAGGGGUUAUACAGUUGGAGUUUGACCUUUUGGCACCACCUACCUGAUUGUUUCUCACCUGCCUGUAACUCGAGAGAGAAUGCACAUAGUAUGUUUCGCAAGUCGAAUGAACCUAUAUAUAAGUAUAAAUAUAUACAUAUAUAAAUAUAAUAUUAAUAAAUGAUGGACAAUAUCGAGGACAAUUUUUAACAGCAUCUGUGGUAUGGAACGCAUCAAUGCAUGCAAUUAAGUUCCUUAUUGAUAUGUGAAAUUAUAAUUGUGAUGUGUUUCAAUAUAUUAGAUUUGAAUUAUUUCCCUCUUCAGAUUAUAUUUGUAAAGUUCAACUUUGUUUUUAUAUCUAUAUACAGUAUAUAAAUAUAUAUAUAUAUAAAUGAUUUUUUUGGUAAUCUUUUCUUGUCUUUAAUUUAUUUUCUUUUUCAUUUUUUUAUUUUAAUAUUAUUUUGUUAGUUAAUUUAUUUUUGUAUUGUUUUUGCUGUACAGGCACCAAUGCUCUUUUUGAGGUGUUAAGCCUAUGUGGAUUUUUUUAUUUAUUUUAUUUUCACUCUUUUUUUUCAGUUGGUGUAAAGAGUGUGUUCAAUAGUGUGAAUGAACAUAUUACUCAGUGAAAAGCAACAUUCAGGCUGCCAAAGCAUGAUCGCAUGGUUUAUUCACAUGUAAACAAAUUGGACACGCUGAAAAAUCCUGUGUCUCACUUUGAAGGAAAACUAUAUUCUCAUUAUAAUUCUUGAUGAUAUCCUUAUACUUCUUAUUCUUACGAUUUAGCUUACAGUUCUUUUUCUCCACUGUUUUCUGAUCCUUGUUUGGUCCAGACGUGGUUUAUUUCAAAGAAGGAGUUUAUUGGAUUUUAACUUGUGACUAUUUUUUUCUUGCAAUUUUCUCUUGAAAUAAGUUUUGGCAUUUGACUUCCUAAAUGAUAACACACAUUGUAAGCAUGCCCUAUGGGACAAAUCACUUUUUUUACUCUUGAAUAAAAUAUGCAUGAACCAC